AUUUAGGCGUGUUCCUGGCGAAUUGGGCCAACUAACACACCUGCUACAUGCUGAGAGCUGCGAUCCAGCCAUAUUGACAUCCAGUCUGGUCUCCAAAUCCGACUAGUCUGCAUACAGGAUACGGACGUCGAGCCCCAAGAUAUUGACACUGGGGGCUCCUGCGCAGACGGACCCGCUUUGCCUUCACUCACCAGCAAGCCCAAUCUCGUGCCUUCCACUCUAACGAAGGCACACGUACUUCACCAUGAUGCGGCGAGAGCGAGCUGUCACCUCUAUACGGUAGCAGCUUAUUCCAAUUCUUGAACCAUUUCAACCUUGGUCCGACUGCUCUCCUAAAUGCUCACCUUUGCCACACCUUGAAACUCGCCAUAUCAUCUCUACUUCACCACGUUCUGACCUCUUUGAGGGUUCACCCCCCAGCAUCGUUAUUAAAUCAUUCUAUACCUUUGAUGGCCUCCAUCUUUCAUGGCUGAGGAUGGACCAGUGCCAUCAUGUCAAGGUCCCUUCCUCCACGCCCAACACCCAACUUGGCACGGACGGUGCCCUUGAUCGCAUGCUCCGUCUGAGACAUCGAUCGAGACAAGUCCCUGCUAUCUUCAUACACGCUGGCGCUGGCUUCCACAGUCACCAGAAUGAGAGCAGCCACCUCCAAGCCUGCGUAGCUGCCGCCAGCAUGGGGAUGCGUUUCUUGCAAGCAGGCGCCAGCGCUACCCAAGCCGUUGAGGCUUCGCUCCGCAUCCUCGAGGACAAGGAUAUUACGAACGCCGGCUACGGAUCGAACCUGUCUAUUGACGGCACUGUGGAGUGUGACGCGACGGUUGUUGACCAUCUUGGGCGUAGCGGUGCCUGCGGUGCCGUUCCUGGCAUACGCAACCCUAUCUCUCUCGCAAAGCUUAUUCUCGACAUGAGCAACCUGCCACUCAGUCUGCAUCGAGUCCCGCCGAACGCUCUUGUUGGCGAGGGGGCCCGCAUGUUCGCCGUCGAGAAUGGCAUGGCAACGUAUGCCAACGAACACCUUGUGUCCAGGAACGCGAGGGACCGGUUCCUUCGGUGGAAGGAAGAUCUUCACCAUACUGAGGGAAGAUCUAGACCAUCUGCCAGUCAAGGACGUGGCACGGUUUCGGCACUGGAUGCGCCAGAGUCACAACCUGCGGCGAGCCCCGUCUUUCCCGGAGAUCAUGACGCUGCGGUUGAGGCCGGCACCUGGAACGAAGGACAGCCGGAUUCGCCUUACAAUGAGAUGCCCAUAUCCAACAACUCCCAUCCAGAAGGAGCCGCCGCCACAGCCGACUCUCGGGUCCCUAACCCUUCAGUCGCAUCUGCGAGCCGUUCUCAAUCGCAUGCCUCUUCUGACCGACCACGGCCUAUCAGCAUUGAAGAGUUGCCUCGCUCCCAGAGUGAAUCCAAAAAGAGGGAGGCUACCCCCCAGAGCACGUUUUCGUCGAUUGCACAACAACCAGGCGAGCCACGGGGCAUUAAGCGGCCCGCGAGCUCAACGGACGAGGCACCAUCGGCGAGAUAUGGCCUCCCUCCUCUCUCUCACGCUGAUGACUUGAUCACUGAUACCGUUGGCGCCAUCGCAAUCGAUGACAGGGGCUACAUUGCCGCCGGCUCAUCGUCUGGCGGGAUCGGCAUGAAGCAUCGAGGCCGUCUGGGCCCUGCGGCGCUCGUAGGUAUUGGCACGGCCGUCGUGCCCUGUGAUCCGGAUGACGAAGAGGCUGUUUCCGUUGCUACUGUCAUCAGUGGCACAGGCGAGCACAUGGCGACAACAAUGGCUUCUCAACGCUGCGCUGAGCGUAUCUACCACGGAACUCGCAAGGGAUCCGGUGGCAAGGACGUCCCGGAGGACGACGACGAUGUCAUCAUGGAGUCCUUCAUCGCGGAUGACUUUAUGAACCAUACUGGCGUCAAGAACUGUCACUCGGCUGGUGCCAUUGGUGUCAUGACGGUCAAAAAGACUCGGAGUGGAUAUUACUUCUACUUUGCGCACAACACGGAUUCCUUCGCGCUGGCCUCAAUGGGUGGCAAUGACAAGCGGCCCGUCUGCACCAUGUCACGUUUGUCUCAAGGUGCUGAAAUCACGAGAGGAGGGCGCAAGAUUCGCUUGGACUAAGGUGGGUGUGGCUUAUUGCCGGACGCCGAUGCACAACGUAGCACCGCUGUUGUGAACGAAACUCCCUAAAAUAGACCAAACG